AGGGCUGCUUGGCCUGGUGUCUGUGUCAAGGCGCGGACGCUGGUCUCUGUUCCCGCAGGAUGGGGUUUGUCAAAGUCGUCAAGAAUAAGGCAUACUUCAAGAGAUACCAAGUGAAAUUUAGAAGACGGCGAGAGGGCAAAACGGAUUACUAUGCUCGGAAACGUUUGGUGAUCCAGGAUAAAAAUAAAUACAAUACACCCAAGUACAGGAUGAUAGUCCGGGUAACCAACAGAGACAUCAUUUGUCAGAUUGCUUAUGCCCGUAUAGAAGGAGAUAUGAUAGUUUGUGCAGCAUAUGCUCAUGAGCUUCCAAAGUAUGGUGUGAAGGUUGGCCUGACAAACUAUGCUGCAGCCUAUUGUACUGGCCUGCUGCUGGCCCGCAGGCUUCUCAAUAGAUUUGGCAUGGACAAGAUUUAUGAAGGCCAAGUGGAGGUCACUGGAGAUGAAUAUAACGUGGAAAGCAUUGAUGGAAAACCUGGUGCCUUCACCUGCUAUUUGGAUGCAGGACUUGCCAGAACUACUACUGGAAACAAAGUUUUUGGUGCCCUGAAAGGAGCUGUGGAUGGAGGCUUAUCUAUCCCUCACAGUACCAAACGAUUCCCUGGGUAUGAUUCGGAAAGUAAGGAAUUCAGUGCUGAAGUACAUCGAAAACAUAUUAUGGGGCAGAAUGUGGCAGACUAUAUGCGUUACCUAAUGGAAGAAGAUGAAGAUGGCUACAAGAAACAGUUUUCUCAGUACAUAAAGAACAACAUCACUCCAGACAUGAUGGAGCAGAUGUAUAAGAAAGCUCAUGCAGCUAUAAGGAAAAACCCUGUCUAUGAGAAAAAGCCUAAGAGAGAAGUUAAAAAGAAGAGGUGGAACCGUCCCAAAAUGUCUCUUGCCCAGAAGAAAGAUCGGGUUGCCCAGAAGAAAGCAAGUUUCCUCAGAGCUCAGGAGAGGGCUGCCGAGAGCUAAAAAUUACCAUGAUUUUUUAUGGGGAUUUUUCAAAGACAACAAUAAACUUAUUGACCAAGCAA